UCAAAUAAAUCUUAUUUAAUCUUUUGAAGCAGCAUAACACACAGGAAAAGGGAGUUUUUCUUUAACUGUCGUAACAUUUUUUAGAGACAUCAUUCAAUAGUUGGCUAGAAUCCGGGACAAGUUAAUUAAAAAAGGUCAACAAAAUGAUAGACAAUAUCAUCUUUAAGUGAAGGCUAUACGUAAUUUUAAGGGGGAAAGCGAAAAGAAAACGCGUCCAUUGUUUUGCUUCUUUGACGUCAUCACUAGGCGCCCAUUCAGCGGGACGCUCGCGGCUUUUGAAACGUCUCCCUCUGCAGCUGAACAAAAGGCUCAUUUACUUUAAAACUUUCGCCUUUAGAGUGAAUUUACACCGUCAGCAUGAUUGAGAAGGAGGACCCGAUCAUCAGCGAGGAGGAAGCGGCGCAAUACGACCGGCAGAUCAGGCUGUGGGGGCUGGAUGCUCAGAAGAGGUUACGCGGCUCCCGCGUGCUCCUGGCAGGGUUGGGUGGUCUUGGAGCCGAAGUAGCCAAGAACUUGAUCCUGGCGGGAGUGAAAGGACUAACUUUACUAGACCACGAACAGGUGUCGGAGGAGUCGUGUCGAGCCCAGUUCCUGGUUCCGGUGUCAGCGCGAGGUCAGAAUCGGGCCCAGGCCUCUCUGGAGCGAGCGCAGAACCUCAACCCGAUGGUGGAGGUGCACGCCGACCGGGACAGGAUCGAAACCAAACCGGACGACUUCUUUCUGCAGUUCGAUGCGGUGUGUCUGACGGGCUGCUCCAGGGACCUGAUGGUGCGUCUGGACCAGCUCUGCUCGCAGCACGGCAUCAAGGUCUUCUGCGGGGACGUCCAUGGUUACUACGGUUACAUGUUCUGCAACCUGGGACCGGAGUACCACUACGUGGAGGAGAAACCCAAACUCGUGAAGCCCAGCGCAGAUUCCAAUGAUGGGCCAGAAGCAAAGAAAGCCAGAGUGGAUCCCAACGAGACCACCAUGGUGAAAAAGACGGCGGCUUUCUGCACCCUGAAGGAGGCGUUGGAGGUCGACUGGACGACCGAGAAAGCCAAAGCCGGUCUGAAGAGAACUCCCGUCGACUUCUUCCUGCUGCUCGUGCUGCUGAAGUUCCGCACAGACAAAGGCCGCGACCCCGACCCCCGCCGCGUCGCCGAGGACAGCCGGCUGCUGAAACAGAUCCGGGACGACGUGCUGGAGGCCUCGGCGCUGAGCAGCGAGCUGCUGGGCGACGACUUCAUCAGCUUCUGUUUCUCGGAGAUGUCCCCGGUGUGCGCCGUCGUGGGAGGAGUCCUGGGACAGGAAGUCGUCAAAGCUCUCUCCCAGCGAGACGCUCCCCAUCGUAACUUCUUCUUCUUUGACGGCCGUAAGGGCAACGGCGUGGUGGACUUCUUUGGACCAAACUGAGCCGUCCGGUUCUGGUUUCAGCACCCAGAGCUCUGCAGCCCUUUCCUCGUUCGGUCAGGUUAUUUAUAUCAGAAGAAUCACCCGAUUGCUCUCAUUUGAUCCCAUGAAACCUGACCCCUGAUGUUUUUUACAUUUGCCAAUAAAACGUUUAGUAAAAAAGGUUUUGGCCUCCGAUUGUUUUCCUGGUGACGAGACUUUUAGGGCUAGUAAUCCUUUUCAAACUUCAUAUUUUAGGUCCAAACUGCUGGAACUUUUAGUUAGUUUGUACAUUUUCCCUAAUUUUGAGUUCGAUUUGACCGAGAGGAUUAAAGGAGUGAAAAUCAUUUUUUCAUUCUGAGGAAGCUUUGAACCUUAAAAAUGUAAUUUUCUUUAACGUUAAA